UGACAGAAAUGGGAUCUGCACAGCUGCAUCCGUACGCCAACGGAACAUGCGUUAGCAGAAGAGCAGCAGAAACAAACGUCACCCGUAGGAAUCUGACUGAUCUGAUUAAACACGAAGACGAAGUUCAACGUCUUCGCGAUGUGUUCGCAGCACUGACGGCACUGGACAAGACAAACCCCGAGAAAAACUGCACGUACUUCAACGUGGCCAAACAUCAUGGAUGGUUCACAGCAACGUGUCAGCAUGAGACGACUACGUGUUUCCAACACGGAUUUCUUCCAUGGCAUCGUGUCUAUAUGUACGAAAUGGAGCAGGCCAUGCGCACCAUCGACCCAAACAUAUCUCUGCCCUAUUGGGACUUCACUUCGAUUUACCCGCCUAACGGCUCAACUCCAAUUCAAAAUCUCCUUCCAUCUAUUGUUACAGAACAGUUCUAUUUCAAUAAAAAGACAAAUCGGACGGAAUACAACCCUCUCUACUCGUACCGAAUUCCUUCUAUUGAGGGUGUCAAUGGUAGCCCUCCGAGUCCCGGGGCCAACAUCACUCGCAGCGAAGGACCUGUAGCGCCCAUUUCAUUAGAUGUAGUGCGCGGAGGUAUCAGGGACGCAUUCCAACAGAAUCACUUUGACAAAUUCUCGAGGCAGUUCGAGUGUCCUCAUAACACAAUGCACGUCUUCAUAGGAGGAUACAACAGCGCGUUUACGGCAUCGUUUCAAGCCUGGACCUCAUUUGAUCCUCUCUUCUGGUUCUACCACGCCAACAUUGACCGAAUCUGGGCCGGAUGGGAACUCGAUAACGACGACUUUACUAGCGCCUUUGUUCAAAAGACUGAAGCCUUUUUUCCAUUUAUGGAUUGGACGUUUGAACAAGUAAGCGAUUACAAUAAAACCAUGUAUUACACGUAUGAUCACCCAUUCAAGGUGACAGACUUUGUGAAACAUCCAGGUGAAAAAGCUUUAGUUGCUCAGUUUACCAAGCUCCCAAUUUCCGAAAACCCCUAUUUCGUUCGCCUGAUUGUCGAUCCCCAUCGCUUAACAGGAAAUGCAAGCGCAAAUACGAUACUAACCAACCAACAUAUCGUGGGUGAGAUCGGUAUGUGGGGCGUCAAUCAAGUCAAUCCAUGCCAAUCAAAGGGUUGCUCAGCAUGGUGUCCACAGUCAAUAGAUCUGUCCCCUUCCCAGCUCAACUUAGACGACUUUGAUCAUUUCUUUUCACAACCGUUUGAUGUGUCUAACGCUCUGUUCCUCGACGUUUACGGUAAGGGUCAAGAUCCCAUUGAUCUGGCUUCCGGAAUUGCUUCAAAUGAUCUUCGCGACGUCGUCAACGACAGACAGAAAAAUCUCUGCUCGACACGACGAAAAAGAGACUGCAACGACGCGUGCCUCCCUCCCGUUCCUGACCCCCAAAUCUCUUACGGAACGGUUCUCUCCAAGGAUGACUUUCUAAAUCUUGUUCACGUCAGCGAUGACCAAAAAUCAGUGCUGAUAAAAUGGCAUCCCAUAUCACCACUCCAAGCCGAAUAUCCUCCGAUCAACGUCGCACCUGGAGCAAAUUUGACAUUUCACUACGACGUAGCCUAUCACUCUGUGGCUCAAGUGUUCCAAGAUGAGUUCCAAGGUUGCUAUUCCGGCAUUAUGCCGCAUUGCCUUCCUAAACCCGGAGUUCUUGGAGACGUCAACUGCACCAUUCAACUGCCGAACACGGAUCCGAACGACGUGUUUUUCUUCAUCUGCACCCAGACUGACCACUGCCGUUCACGAGGCAUGCGCAUACGAGUGAAGGUUGGAGACGGAGUGCAUAUCCCUUGUUUAACUCCUCAAGCGUCAGAGUGUGCCGACCGCCCUUGUCCUGCUAACGCUCAAUGUCGUCUUCAACACGGUACCAUCAUCUACACGUGCAACCCAGGCUACCAGUUGCACGGCUUUACAACAAGCAUAUGCCAAAAGGACGGCCUGUGGACUUCCGAUCCUCCGGUCUGCUUGCCCGAAGCCGAGUGUGCCGGACGCACUUGCCCAGACCACGCCACCUGUACUCCAUCGGAAGCGGACAAACAUUCGAGUGGCACAACGAUUGUCUACCAAUGCGACGACGGUUACACACUAGACGGCGCAAGCGUAUCUCUAUGCUCAAAUGGAGUGUGGAAGACUGACGUCCCGAAAUGUCACCUCGUUUGAUGCUACGCUUUGCAUGAAACGAGAAGCUAAUUAGGGACGACGUCUGUACUGUUUUGUAAUGGCAAGCAAAUUUCAGUCCAAGUAAUGCAUGUGUUAAUUUACAAGUUUCAUUGCUAUCUGUUACCGUCCAGCUAUUUAGCAUAGGUUGUUAACUUUAUUAAUGUUUGGCAACCUACAGUUUGCUAAUUAGACGUACACAUAGUUGAUUUGUUGUAUAAUAGCUAUAGGUUGCUAUUUGUUGAGUGACAAAAGCUGUCGCGAUUAGAUAAAUGUUGACUAUGUGAAGAAGC